AGAUUUUCGAGUGUGGGGUCUGAAUCACAGUCCACAUGAGUAACCAAACCAUGAACACCAAUUUUCCCACAUCACUUUACUCUCUUUCUUUCUCCAUCGCUGUUUUUCUUUAAGCCUUGAGAAGAAGACAAUGGUAACCUCUGAAACAUGAAGAGCAGCUCUCUGUUAUGCAUCUUCAAUGGCAUGUCAUUGUGCUUACAAUGCCUUUUUAUUUUCACCAACCAGAGACUUCUUCACCACCAACCAUAUCAUGCAUAAGCCAUCAUCCACAAGAUGCAGACCCUUUCUCUUGUCCAUCACCAACGCCACACCAUCCUACAAUACCCUUGUUUCUGAGGCUGUUAGGCUCUUGGUUCCAACAGCAAAAUUUGAAGCUUCCAAACUGAAGGUUGUUCUAUUGGAAGAUCAGAUAAACGAAUAUGCAAGUAUUCUUCCCAGAACCUACAUUCUUUCCCAUUGCGACUUUACAGCUAAUCUGACUUUAGCAGUGUCCAAUGUGAUCCACCUAGAACAGUUGAGAGGGUGGUACGAGAAGGAUGAUGUUGUAGCUGAAUGGAAGAAAGUGCAAAAUGAAAUGUGCCUACAUGUUCAUUGCUUUGUCAGUGGUCCCAAUUCCUUCUCGGACCUGGCUGCUGAAUUUAGAUAUCACAUAUUCUCCAAGGAAAUGCCUCUGGUUCUGAAAGCAAUUCAUUUUGGAGAUUCUGCACUUUUCCGUGAGCAUCCCGAAUUGCUGGAUUCUAUAGUUAGAGUAUAUUUUCAUUCUAGCUCACAGAAUUACAACAGAAUGGAAUGUUGGGGACCUCUCAAGGAUGCAAUGGAGGGAAAACAAGCAAACAAGUUCCAAGGGUCAAUAAGUAGAGAUAAUCCGGAAAAGUGGCGGAGUCCAAAGUCCAUUUUUCAAGCUCUUUUUGCUUUUCUUCUUUGAACUGUGUCAAAUCCAAAACUUGGAUUAUUUGUCUUCAUCCCAAUUCUUUCCACAGCUCAGAAUUUCAGGUGGGCUAGACAGAGCAAAAUUCAGCUUGCAGGAAUGAACUAAUCCCAAAACCAAACUAUGUAUCUUUGGGAAGACUCAAAACCAAAGAAAAAAAAAUGUAAAUUUACACAAAAAGAAGAAUUCUUGUGCCCCCAAGGCAAUUAAUUUGCUUUUCUAAUUUA